CUAGAUUUGGAUCAAACCCAGUGAGCCCCACAUCAUCACAAUCCAACGGCCAUAAGAGAAAACAAAAUACCCACAUUUUGAAUCUUGAAUCCUAGGCUCAGCCACACGGGAACAAAACUUACACUGGAGAGCUUAAGUUCACUGAGAUUAGACAAACAAAACAGGGAAGAAGCUUAAAAGCAAGCAAAAUCUAAAGAGCAGAGAAAUAGGCAAAGCCCUUGAAGUCCACAGGAGUCAAAGUCCUAUGGGUUUCACCAUGGGUCUGAACCUGCUGCUCCUCGUAGCCAUGGUAGCCACCAACAUCCUCUCCCUCUACCACCUCUCCUCCACGCUUCAAACACCCAAGAGACCCCCCUCUCCGGCGCCAGUCCCGGACCAUCUCCUCCACCAGCUCCAAACCAUACGCGCCACCAUCAGCCACCUAACGCGCCUCCACCCCACUACCGACUCCUCUACCAAACCCACCACCACCACCGCCACCACUCCAUCAGAUCUCCUCCUCCACUCCCACCUAUCCCCCAUCGCCACCGCUUGCCACAACCACCCGGACCUCCUCCACAGGUACAUGAGCUACACACCCUUCUCGCACUGCCCCCAAGACUCCGACGAGCUCGCCGAGUCCCUCAUUCUGCGUGGCUGCCAUCCACUCCCUCGCCGCCGGUGCUUUUCCAAAACCCCGCAAAAACCCACCUCUUCUCUCCCCCACAACCCCUUCGCUCCUUCACUGCCAGACCAAAACGUUCUCUGGAAUAAAUACACUUGCAAAAGCUUCAACUGCCUCAUGCGUUCCAACCCGAAACUGGGAUUUGACCCGAUUGUCGAAACCGCCCGGUUCAUGACCUACACCGACGAGCUCGACCUCCCGAUCCCGCAGCUGCUGCAGAUUGCCAAGGCGGCCAACUCGGCGCUGCGUCUCGGCCUCGACGUUGGUGGCGGGACGGGGACUUUUGCGGGGAGAAUGAAGCUGUACAAUGUUACCGUUGUGACGACGACGAUGAACCUGGGUGGGCCGUACAACGAGGCCGUGGCUCUUAGGGGGCUGGUGCCGCUUCACGUGCCGCUGCAGCAGAGGUUUCCUGUGUUCGACGGGGUGAUGGAUCUGGUGCGCUGCGGCCACGCUGUGAACAGGUGGAUACCGUUGAUGGCGAUGGAGUUCUUGCUCUACGAUGUGGAUAGAGUGUUGAGGGCUGGAGGGUACCUGUGGUUGGACCAUUUCUUUAGCAAAGGGGUGGAUCUUGACAAGCUCUAUGCGCCGCUGAUUGGGAAAUUGGGGUACAAGAAAGUGAAGUGGGCGACGGGUAAUAAGACAAGUUCGAAGAAUGGGGAGGUUUACUUGACCGCGCUUUUGCAAAAGCCUGUGUCAAAAUGAGGGUGAAACUGAAACUGAAACUGGGGGUAAGGUAAUCCUGAGAAAAUUGCCCCAUCAAAUGAAUGGAUUCUCCAUACUCCUAGAAGCUGGAGUCCUUCAAGCAAAAUAUUUAUUUCCCCCAAGGUGGGUUAUACAGUUAGCAUGUUAUCAGUUAUCCAAAGGAUUGUAGUUUGUAGGAUAAAAAGGAUCAAAAGGAAGUUGAAGUCUGGGGUGGGGGGCGGGAAGAUGUUUGAGAUGGAUGGCCUUUAUUAUUGGUCUUAUGGCAGAUUGUUUAAUUUAUUUUUCUCCUGUCAAAUAAUCCUUGCUAGAUUGUAAUUCCUGUUAAUUGUUUAGAAAUAAAAUCUGCAGAGCAUUACACUUC